AUGAAGGUUUCCAAGACGGGUUGUGCGGAGACUGGACGCCCGGCACGCGCCUGUCAGGAGUGCCGUGAGAAGAAGAAGCGAUGCACCCAUCGUGAUAUUGGCAACUCUAGACCUGUGAUGAAUAUCUCAAAGACACCUAAGACUCGCGCACGUAAGGCGGAGAAGGAAGUCAGGAAGUCAGUUGAGUCACCGUCGAAGAUACUCUACUCCGCAGCACCUGCUACUGAGACUGAAUCAAUCUCCAGUUUCCCAAAUACUGCCAAGUUGUGUCACAGUAACAAUCUCGACACAGGAUCUGGUCAUUCUCCUCAAGGGCAUCCCGUCAGUCCCAAUUAUUCAAACUCUCCCAUUCCUGAACUCCCAGAGGAUAGCGUGGAAGCUGCUUGCCAUAUGGCCAUACAUGUUGCUCACGCACGUGAACUCGAGUGUCGCCUUACUGAGUUCAGGAAGCAGAUCGACGCUUUAGGUGAUCUCUAUACUCAAAUAGAGGCUGCUCAUCAGGCUGGCCAACAUGCUCUGCAAGCCGUCAAUAACUGGACUGCGGUAUGGAGCGAGGGUUUAUAG